GUUCACAAGCCCGGCCCCCUCACAGUCAGGGAGCUGCAGUUGUUUGUCUCGCUGGGAUCGAUCACCAGCGCAUCACUGGUCGAUACUGGUUAUUUAUAGGAGGCGACGAGUUUUUACCGGUCACAAGAAACGAAUGCGGAGAGGGUUGACUCCUCCAUGGACAACCUGGGGAUGGAUGUGACCGGGGAUUCGAGAGCCGCCCUGGUCAUUCUGGCCUUCCUCCAGGCGGACUGUCAAGGCGCAGAGCUCCAGAAGGAGCUGCUCUCUCUGAGGAACGAGUUCCAUCUCACCCGGGACAUCAACUGCAACGGCCCCCGGAUCGAAACCGCCGAGGACGGGUACCUGGAGACCGACGGUAACAGUCCCCUGUCCGAAAGUGUCCCAGUGUAUCUGCACGAUUUCCAGCCUGUGGCGGAGCUGCAGUGGCAAGGGAACCAGGUCGCUGCAGCCAACAUUCAGCAGGUGGCGGAGGAGCUCAGAGAAAUCGCAGACCAGCUCCAGGAAAGUGUCAUGGCCCAGGCCACCAGCAACCUGAUGAGGAACAGAUCAGACUCCCAAUCUGAGUGGAAAACCCACCUGAACUCGGAGGUACAGCGGAUAAUGAGGAACGGCACUGGUCUGGAGCAUCUACAACAGGAGCGGGUGGUCAUGGCCCUCACGCUCACCCUGGUUAAAGGAGUGUGUGAACAGGCCCCACACCUUCUGAGGAGCCUCUUCAACGCGGCACUGCAGUUCAUCAGGUGACUUCAGAGCGGACGCCUGACAGGAAGUAACACGUACAUGUGGUGGAGCGACACCAGAAAUCUGCUCCUCAUUAUCAGUCCAGUGAGAACGGAGCCGUGCAACCGGAAGUGUAGUCAACCCUUUUCAAACUUGUCAUUUGACUUUUACCGUAAGGAUGAGUUUGCAAAACUUUUUUUUGUUUUUUUCUUUGCUCUGCAUCUUUCUGCCUCCGUUUACUCUUUACACUUAAAAGUGAAACUUUUUGUUUAUACUUGAAAUACGUGACUCUUUUUGUAUUGUCAUUCUGCUUUUGUAACUUGACUUAAUAUACAGUAUUUCUGAUUUGAUUUACUUUCAAUCUUAAACUAAAUAGUUGAGAUUUUCUGUUUUCCUUUCAUAAAUGUGAAAUUUGUUAAAAUGAAAUUAUACACUUGAACAUUUUAAUAAAACCACUACAGAAAACUU